GAUUGGUAACAGGUACCAGGACCGGACAGGGAGGGGGCGUGGCGGGACGAGCGCCGGGGAGCUGUGUUCUUGCGGUCUUAAUUCUGGAAGUACAGGGGCGCGGAAGCAGAUGAAAAACGUCAUAGUCUUGGCAGAAUUUUCCCGACUUGCUCUCUGGCAGCGCUGAGGGAGGCAUGUACCCUGGCUCCCCAGGUCAGAGACGACGCCCCAAGAGAGGUCUCCUUCCUCACACCCCGAAAUGGCAUCUGUGGACUUCAAGACCUACGUGGACCAGGCCUGCAGAGCAGCUGAGGAGUUUGUCAACGUCUACUACACCACCAUGGAUAAGCGCCGGCGCCUGCUGUCCCGCCUCUACAUGGGCACGGCCACCUUGGUGUGGAAUGGAAACGCUGUUUCCGGACAGGAGUCUUUGAGUGAGUUCUUUGAAAUGCUGCCCUCCAGUGAGUUCCAGAUCAAUGUGGUUGACUGCCAGCCCGUCCAUGAUGAGGCCACCCCGAGCCAGACCACGGUCCUUGUUGUCAUCUGUGGGUCAGUGAAGUUUGAGGGCAACAAACAGCGGGACUUCAACCAGAAUUUCAUCCUCACUGCCCAGGCCUCUCCCAACAACACGGUGUGGAAAAUCGCAAGUGACUGUUUCCGGUUCCAAGACUGGGCUAGCUAGUGGGGUGAGAAAGGCCUGUGCUGCAGGCCCAGCUCUGUGGAGAGCCCUGUCUCAGCUCUAGGGACGUGGGGACACUGUUUUCUGUUGUUGCCACGAUGCCACAGAUCACACUGUGCUGAGGCCGAACUCCCUACGUUUGUUUUCAUCCCAGGCACCCCUUUCCUGAGUAUACUCUUGUUUAUUAUAGUUGCCUUUUAAAAGUAGUAAAAGUUUUCUAUUUUUCUAUUUGCCUAGUAGAGAUCUGAUUCUGGAAAUUUGGAAAAUAAAAAGUCAAUUAACAAG